CCUUGCGGCCCUUGUUAAAUGGAGGGAGAAAAUGCCGUUGCCUGGAUCGCUCGUCUCGAUCGACCCAGCGGCGAUUGCCAGGGAAGAAUCCAUUCGCCUCAUCAAAAACUGCAAGACCCUAGCAUCAGCCCGGAGAAUCGAGUCUCUCAUUCCCAAUCGCGAUCUCUACCUCUCGAAUUUGCUGCUCCAGAUGUAUGGCCGCAUCGGCAGCAUUGGCGACGCGGCGAGGAUCUUCGCGGCGAUUCCCGACGGCGCCAAGAACUCCUUCUCUAGGGUUUUCAUGCUCGCGGCAUAUGCCCGGGCCGGGCAUCUUGACAAGGCCAGUACCGUGUUCGAAUCCUUGCCCCACAAAACCCUCUUCUCCAUGACGGCAAUGCUGGAUGCUUUGGUGCAAAAUGGCUCUACGCAGCAAGCGAAAGAUUUCUUCGACAGAAUGCCCGAGAGGGACAUAAUCACCUGGACGACGAUGCUCCGGGCAUAUUCCCGGGCCGGGCAUCUUGUCGAGGCAAAGAAUCUUUUUGAUUCUAUGCCAGGGUGGAACUACAUCUCCUGGACAAUUCUGCUUGAUCUCUACCGUCGGAUUUGUGACAUUCCCGGAUUGCGUGACGUGUUUCAAUCUAUGCCGCAGAAAGAUCUUGCUUCCUCGGCCACAGUGUUAAUAGCAUAUGCCGAGGACGGGCAUAUUUGCGAAGCCAAAGCUCUCUUUGAUUCCAUGCCAAUGUGGGAUCUCGUCUCUUGGACCGCGAUGCUAACGGUAUAUUCCAAAUUUAAAACUAGGAUAGCGCGAGAGUUCUUCGACCGGGCGAUGCCAGAGUUUGAUGUGAUUUCUUGCACUGCGAUGCUGAAUUCACACGCUCGGGACGGCGAUUCAAAGCGAGCAAAGGAGAUCUUUGAUGCGAUGGAGGUGCGUUAUCACGACACGGAGAUCUAAACGAGUUGAAGCAUCUUUACUAUUCGCGGCAAGAGGAUGAUGUUGUUGCAUCG